GAAAUGUUUCAUUUUUUUCUGAUUUUUUUUUUUUCCUCCUCCCUUCCCAGUAUAAGUUCAGAGACCUGACCAUAGAAGAACUAAAGAAUGUUAACAAGACCUACCCAAACUUCACGUUCUCCAUGAACACAUACACCUUCAAGGAUGGAUCCCAGAAGGACCUCCUGAAUUUUAGUGGUACUGUUCCAGUGAAAUAUGGUAAUUCCUAUAACAUACCUAUUCAUCUGUGGAUUCUGGAUUCUCAUCCCUUUGCUCCCCCCAUUUGCUUCCUGAAGCCAACUGUGAACAUGGGCAUUUCAGUGGGAAAGCAUGUUGAUGCUCAUGGCAGGAUUUAUUUGCCCUACCUGCAAAACUGGAGCCAUCCUAAAUCAACUGUCAUUGGAUUAAUCAAGGAAAUGAUUGCAAAAUUUGAGGAAGAGCUCCCUUUGUAUUCACUGUCAUCUUCUGAUGCAGCCAGGCAAUCGGAACUUCUCUCCUACAUUGCAAAGAUUACUGAAGGAGAGACUGACAUGAAAUCAAAGAGUAAAAUUUGUGGAGGCAAAAACGAAGGAUGUUUUAAUAAAAUCACUGUUGUUGGAGCUGGAGAUCUUGGCAUUGCGUGUGCACUAGCAGUUGCAGCAAAGGGUGCUGCAGACAAGGUGGUUCUUUUGGAUCUUUCUGAAGGUGCAGCAAAAGGAGGGACCAUGGACUUGGAGAUCUUUGCUCUGCCAAAUGUGGAGAUCAGCAAAGAUUUUUCUGCUUCAGCUGAUUCAAAAGUUGUGAUACUUACAGUUAAUUCUCUGGGUAAUGCUCAGACUUAUCUUGAUGUCAUACAAAACAAUGUGGAUUUGUUCAGAGGAAUUAUCCCAGCAAUAUCACACUACAGUCAGAACACUGUUCUCCUUGUUGCUUCUCAUCCAGUUGAAGUAAUGACAUAUGUGUCGUGGAAGCUGAGUGCAUUUCCCAAAAGCAGAGUUAUUGGAAUAGGUGCCAAUCUAGAUACUGAGAGAUUUCAGUAUAUACUGACAAACCUUUUGAAAGCACAGGUGCUGGCAAAAGAUGCUUGGAUUAUUGGUGAACAAGGGGAAGACAAAGUGCCGUCAUGGACCAGUUGUAAUUUAGUUGCAAAUCAAAUGGAAGCAAUGGCUGCUCAUAACUCAAGGGAGAAGGUGGCUAACAGAGCUAUGGAAGUUCUAAAGGGAAAAGGUCAGAGAUCUUGGUCUGUUGGGCUCUCAGUUGCUGAUUUGACUGACAGUAUACUGAAAGAUAAAAGAAAGGUUCAUUCUGUAUCCACUCUGGCAAAGGGAUGUUGCAAUAUAAACAGUGAAGUAUUCUUAAGUCUACCGUGUAUUCUUGGAACCAACGGAGUGAUUGAAAUGGUCAAACUAGAGGAAGAUCCACUAGUGCAAGAGAAACUGCAAAGCAGUGCAGGAUCAAUUCAUGACCUUCAGCAGCAGCUGAAACUGUAAGCGAGCCCAAGGGAAGCCACAGUGCCUGCUCACAGAAGUCAGAGAUUUGCUAGGCAGAAAGGGUUGCUUGGUAUAUAUGGAUUUCUAUAUAAAGCAAGAAGUUUUUUUACUUUACUUUCAAAAAGUGCUUUCUCAGUUUCAGUUUAAAUUAUUUAAUACUGCACUGCACAGUAAUUUCUUAUUUGAAAAGUGCACUUUUAGUAGCCAAAAUGAGGAGGGUAAUGUGCAAGAGUGUUUUACCUAAGUUCAGGUGACUUUUGUCUGUGGUUUUUUUGUGCUAAUUAUAGCCUGAUUCUUGGGUUAUUCUUAGCUCUUUGCUCCUCAUUAGGGCACAGCCUAGGAGAGCAGCUUACUCAGCUCUGCGGACACUCCAGUGUGUAGCGCCAACUAGAACUCUUCCUCCUGCUGUCUCAGUGCUGCAUCAGGGGCUGGUCCAGAACAUGGU